CUUGUUUGGUGUGGGCAAGCCAGUGCGCUGGCCUGUUCGGUAUUUCGGGCAAUUUUAUGUUCAAGGAGACUGAGUGUCUCACGGUGCAGCGUUGUCUGUUUCCACUCUGGCCGAUGAACCAUGUAGCUGUUCGUUUCUCUACAGUGUUUUUCUGUUUCUAAGUGAACCAAUAAUUACGCGUUCUUUAGCCCCCAAGGGAAAGCUCAGAGCGCUCGACUUUCACAAUGCAGUUCGGCCACCCAAACAGGGAAGUUCUCUGAACCGAGCUUGUGUACAUUGGAGGUGUUAGGCAACAACUGGCCAGAGUGAAUUCCAGAUAAAACCAUGUCAUCACAUGUGAAGCGGGAUGCUUCAUAUCGCUCAUAUGAUUCAGAGUGGGAAGCCAAAGAGGAGCUUCGGCUACGAGAAUUGGAAGAAGCUCGAGCACGGGCAGCCCAGAUGGAGAAAACCAUGCGUUGGUGGUCAGACUGCACAGCUAACUGGCGGGAAAAAUGGAGCAAGGUGCGCACAGAAAGAAACAAAGCACGGGAAGAAGUGCGUCUUCUUAGGGGCCGUGUGGAUGCAACAACUAAGGAGGCUGCAGCCCUCAAGCGUGAAAAGCAUGAAUUGGAAGCCGAAGUUGAUCAGUUACGACGAGAGUUUGAAUAUUUGCGAACUUCGGAGAGCAGCACCAACAGCAGAGAGCCAGAAGUACUGGCACCCAGCACAUCAUCCCAUGUAGAACGAGAGCACAUCGACCAAGAUUCCAGCAGUAGCCUCCCAUCUCAGCUCGAUCCUUACUCCACAGAUGAGCAGUCGUCACUAGUGCAGCUCCGUCUGGAUGAAGCUACAAAGCUGCUUCAUGCUGAAAGACAGGAGACAGCUCAACUCACCAAAGCACUUGAGAAGCAAAUGGCUGAGCUUGGACAACUUCGUGCAAAAUAUGAUGAGCUCCGAAAGUCUCGCCAGGACACACUUAAAGAGCUGAGUCAAGUGAGAGCAGAGCACCAAGAUGAGCUGGAGUGUAUUCUUAUUGACCUUGAAGAUGAGGCAAGUGGCCGCACAUGUUUGGACAAGCGAAUGACUGAGCUCAGGGCUCAGCUGGUACAGCUGCAAGGUGAAAAUGCUGCUGAAUGGGGCCGACGAGAGCGUUUAGAGACAGAGAAGUUAGCACUGGAACGGGAUAACAAGAAUCUCCGUGCAUCACUGCAAGAAAUGCAUGAGUGUCUGCAGCGUAAGGCCCAGUCCCCUACCAUAAGCCCUGACCAAAAGGCACUUCAGGCUGAGCUGCAGCAUCGUACAAAGGAAUUGCUUGACCUCAAGCACGCCCAUAGCAAACUGAAGAAAGUUCUCCAGGAGAAGAGCACAGAAUUAUCUCAUGCACUUCGACGAUCGGAGCAGUAUGAAGCAGAGGUGAAGAAGCUACGAGGGCGUAUUGAUGAACUCAAAAAAGAACUCGCAACUGCUGAGGAUGAGGCUGACACUGCUACCAACAGUAUUCGCAAACUUCAGCGCAGUAAUGAUGAGCUACAGGAGCAGAUUGAAACUCUGCAGAUGCAGCUGGAGCACUUGCAAACAAGCCAACAAGAAUGCUUGGUUGCGUCAGUUCACUCGGACACCGUCAAGGCUGAAGAACAGUGUGCCGCACAAGCUUCACAGCCUUCAUCAUCUGAGCAGCCGAGACGAGCAGGCAGCUGAUUUGCUCAGUGAAGACGAAGUUGGCGACGGUUGACAACGUCUUUGAUGCCUCUUUAGAGAGGCUUUCAGGACUGUAAAAUAGGUUUAGGGCUGUGUAUGCAGCUGUCAAGUGGCAUGUACUAUAUCUAUAUAUAUGUAUAUAUAUAUUUAUAUAUAUAUAUAUAGCAGAUUUACAAAGAAAUAUAUUAAUGAAUCAAGGUGUAAUGCAGUUUGGGCUGCAAUAUAUCUAUUAUUUAUAUAAAGUUUUCAGCUAAAUUGUUGGCUUGUUGCAUUAAAUGCAUUAGACUCUCUUGUAAAGCAAAAAAAAGAUUAUGAUCGGCAACAAUUUUUCUUCACAGCACUGUGGAAACUACAGCACUGAAGCCCAUGCCUGGUAUCGUGCCAAAAAAAUAGUACUCUUUAUUUAUUAUAAGACUAGAACAUUUACGAGAGGUCUUUGGUAAAAUAUAGUUAUUGUACACUUUGCAGGAAUACCUUCCUUUUCUUUUGAUUUUUUAGACAGCAUCACCUUUUCAGCACAGCCGUUUUCUGAAAUAAACAUGGAGUCCGUGGUGUAGUGGUUUAGUGCGCAGCUGCAAAUGCACUGUUAAGUUGUAUAAGUAAUAUAUACUCGUAAUAUGACUCUAAAAUGUGCAUUGAACGAUCAAAUUGUUUUUCCCAUUCACAUUUUCAAGUAUAUAAUAUUCUGAAUGUGAUAACGAUGGGAUCGAGCAAAACCAAAAUUACUGAGGGUAUAUUGAGAUUAGAUCUGCUGUUUAUGGUUUUUAUUAGAUUUAUUUAAAGCUUUUAAAGCUUCAAGGAAGCUGCUCAGUGUUUUCAUCUGUUCAGAUUACCAAGAGUCAUGAAGGUAAAAAAGAAAAAUGGAAAUUAGUGUUUUUUUUAAUCAGCUUCUUUAUUAUUAUUACUUUGCACCUGUAUGGUCUACUUUAUUUUAUUGAUUUUAAAAAUCAAUGAAAUAAAGUUAAUCAGUUGUGCUGCAAGGUGGGAGUAUACAAGGUAAUGCAAGAUCCUGUGGGGAAGUUCUUGAGGUGGUUUGCAGGCAACAUUGAAAAAUUCAGUAGUAUCAAUAAAAGGGCAGCUAUCAGGUCCUCAGCCACAAAGAAGGAGGAAUGGGCGUGCCCUAGGGGCCUGGGCCCCAUCUAAAAUUCACAUGAAAAGGGUGUUUUACCUAAAAUAAGUAAUGAAAGUAUGUUUUUCUGAAAUAUUCAAGGUUGUCAGCAAGUGCCCCCUUCCCCUCCUCUUCACCCAAAAAUAAAAAAAAUAUUCUGGAUCCUGGUCUGAUAGCAAGCCUCAUGAUAAAGUUAUACAUGGAAUAUAAGCUGCAACUAUUACAUGCUUAUGAUCCAGCAUCCAGCCAUAAUAAUGAAAAAGUAAACCAUCUCUACGAGGAUAUUGGAUUAUCAUUGAAAAAAAAAAA